UUUUUUCCUUUUCCAAACUUCGGAAGAAAAAGAAGGAAAUAUAGCGGAGCCACCAGCUUCACAGCUGCACACAGCAACAACAGAGGCGGCGACGACGAUGACAAAGAUCACUGAUUUGGACGAAGAUUCGUUGGCUCAUUGCGCAACCUAUCUUAGCCUUCAGGACCUUUCAAAUCUCGCCAUGACCUCCAAAUUUCUCAAAAAAAUCGCUUAUUCCGACUCCAUUUGGCUCCACCGUUUCAGGCUGCGUUGGCCGCUAGAAAUGCUAUCUAGCUCUUCUUCAGGAGUGAGGAAGGCCUAUUUGGAUUGGCAUACGGCGUUGCAUCAGUUCAAAUUUUCCGAUCCUUUAGUUCUAGAUUUGUAUACUGAAGCAAGGCCUUUUGAUCAUAUACUUCUUGAUAAGAAUGAUAUAAUCUUUUCUCAAGGUUCGAUCAUAAGAAUGAUGAAAACCGGAAGCUCUUUGAGUGGAGGUUCGCAUGUUAGAAUGAGUGAUCACAAUGCAAGAAUUACAUGCAUGAGAUUGUUUCCACUUGAUGAAACUUCUUUAGUUCGAAAUGAGAUGCAACGAGAUGAAAAUGUUUUAGUAACCUCAAGUUGUGACCACUCAAUUCGUCUGUGGUGGAAGGGUGCUUGUCAACGGUGCUUUAGAGGUCAUAAUGGUCCUGUUUCCAUCAUAUCUGAUAAAUUAUUAGGUGAUGGUGGUGUCAAAGUAUUGGCAAGUGGUGGGGAAGAUGGCACUGUUCGUCUCUGGUCCCUUCGCUCUAGCGGAAAACGUGGCCAACAAGCUUUAAAGGCUACACUAUAUGGGCAUCAGAAACCUGUUUCAUUGAUGUCAGUUGCUGGGUACAAACCUUCUCUUUUGGUAACCAUGUCAAAGGAUUCCAAGGUGAGAGUUUGGGAUACGACUACAUCAUCAGCUAUUCGUUCUUCUUGUUGUGUGGGAAUGACUUCCGUGCCUGGUGCUCCUGUGGCCAUGAAAUGCGAUGAAGCCUUGCUUUAUGUUGCUUCUGGUUCGUCUGUGGUGGUGGUUGAUUUAAGGACAAUGCAAAAGGUUUACACUGUGGCAGUAUAUAAACCAAAACUAUACUCCUUCGCCAUUAUGCCUUCCAAAUCUUUAAUAUGCACCGGCGGACUUGGCAAAGCAAUGCUUUGGGAUAUUAGGAGAAGCCAGGAGGCAUCAGAACUCAAACCGGUUACCGAAUUAGAUGGUCAUAUGGGUUCGGUGACACUACUGCAUAUGGAUCCAUAUAAAAUAGUUACUGGGGGGCUGGGGGAUAACUCUGUUCAUGCUUGGGAGAUUGACACUGGCAAACGAACAAAAUCUUUUCUCUGUAACCGUCCAGAGCUCGGAAGUGCCAAGAUCGGAUGUUCAGUCAUGGCCGUGAAUGCAUGCAGAAUCGUUACCACCAGUUACGGUGACAGUCAGGGACUUGUCAGUUUCCGCGAUUUCUCUGGAGCAACUCGUCCGGCUGUGUCAGAAUGUGAUGACGAAGUUGUGGAUGUCUCGAAAUUCUGGGGUACACAAACAUUUAGUGAUUCGGAUGGAUCUGAUGAAUGAUAAACUUGUAUCUCUGCUCUUUUCGUAUUGUUUCAUGUAAGGAGACUGCAAAUUUGUAAUAUUAAGAUAUA